AACAACAACAACAACAACAACAACUUCAUCAUCUACCUUACUUGUCAUGGUACGCCGUGACUAUUGAUCAUUGAUUACCAGUGACCAUGGCGACCCUCUACCAAAUAUCAAUACUAUGCUUCAAUCUUCUCUUCUUCUUUACAUCUCUAACUCUUGCUAAUACCCAAACCCCAACUCCAUUCGAAGCAAAGUGGUCUUCAGCAACCUUCGGCCCCGACGGCCCAUGGCAAGCAGUCUCAGUAACGCUCGGCGCCGACACCGACCUAGCACUCUACCCCGGCCACACAUUCCAAUCAUGGAUCAUCCAAACCAGCUACUGCAAAUUCAACAACUCCAACGGCUGCUACGCAUCAAAAGCCGGAACGUACAACAGCGCCGAAGCCUCACAGGUCGGCAGCGGCUCCACGUCCGGCAUCGUCUUUCGACCACACAUCAAGAACUGGAUGAUUGGGAUAGACCCGGCCGGGGAGUCGGCGCAAUUCUGGGUCGAUCGCAUAAGACUGAAAUCAGGCACAUCCGAUGCCGUACAACAAGUUGAAAACACCAGUCUCGCGUUACUGGAGGACCAGAUGCUUACGUACCCUGGAGGGCAGUGGUAUCCUGCUUUUGCGGGAUGCCUGGGCGUGGGCGCUCCUAAUAUGAUUAACCAGUCCUUCUCUACUGGCACGUACCCGAUUAAUGCCAGUCUUAUCCCGGGUAUGCUGUGGACGCAGCAGGAUAUUCCAUCGAAUUCGUUCAGUAUGCAUAUUGGCUCCGUCUGGUCACGAAUCGGAGGGUCACUGAUAUUCGGCGGAUACGACCAGAAUCGAUUGACUGGCGAGGUGCUCGUGUCAGAAGGGGAUUACACUGAUAACCCCAUCACCUUGAGAGACAUCAGCAUCGAAGUUAUCCAGGGCAUAUCACCUUUCAACUUUACAACCCAAGACGGUCUCCGCCAAGACGGUCUCCUUGCUGCGGGAAACAACUCGAUCCAGAACGGACUCCUCGUGUCAAUCGACGGCUGUGCUCCCUACCUCACCCUCCCGAAAUCAACAUGCGAUAACAUCGCAUCACACCUCCCAGUGACAUACGACACAAAUCUCGGAUUGUAUUUAUGGGAUACAGAAUCUACAGCGUAUACCCGAAUCGUCUCCUCGGCGUCGACACUAUCCUUCACCUUCCUCUCCGGCACCAACACCGAGCCCCUAACGAUCCGCGUGCCUUUCCUCCAUCUCAAUCUCACACUAUCAGAGCCUCUUACAGCAAAGCCAACGCCGUACUUCCCGUGUUUCAACAGCGGGUCUGGUAGAUACGCCCUGGGAAGGGCAUUCCUACAGGACGCUUUCCUCGGCGCCAACUGGGGCCAGUCCAAGUGGUGGCUCGGCCAGGCCCCGGGUCCUAACAUCCAGCUUUCCUCCAGCGUCGUUGCUAUUGAAGAAGCUGGUACGGUGAUCAAGGCGGGGAAUAAUGACUGGGAAGAGUCGUGGAAAGGGAUAUGGAAAGUUCUGGGACCCGACAGUGACAGUGGAACAAGCCCGACCGAGUCCCCGACUGAUAAUCGCCAACCAACAUCCGCACCCGCAUCCACCAUCUCGACCGGGGCUAUAGCUGGUAUAGCUGUUGGCGGUGUGGCUGUGGUUAUUGCGCUCGGCCUAGGAGUUGUCUUCUGGCGUCGUCGAAACCGGCGGGGAGGGAGGGCAUCAACAAUGAAAAGGGAGCCACCACAGCAUAAACAUGACAGCUUACAAUAUGGUUCUCGACCUCCUCCACAGACGGAGCCAGCGGAAGUGUACGGAUCAAUUUCAAUAUAUAAAUGGAGAAACAGGAAUGGAAAGCAAAUAGACUCGCCAGAAGAUCCCCGCAUCAGCCGCGUUGAGCUGCCUUAGACAGAUAGACGGAAAUGGAGGCAGGAGGAAGAAAGAUCAAGUUCACCGUCUCUGUCGAUGUUCAAUCUAUAGAGCCAUAAUACGAUACCCUUUGGUUCAUGUUGCAGACACGAAGAGAGCUUUCGACUAGAAUUCACGUUCCAAGAGAGAAACGAGGAAGGCCGAGUCGGUAUG